AUGGGUUCAAUGCCUGAAAUCAAGCAAGCUCCCCAAAUUGACCUAGCAGGUCUCGUCCCUGCGCCGGUUACCCCAUUCAACAAGGAUGGCUCGGUCGACUACGCAGCCAUUCAGCGCCUUGGCUCAUGGCUCGGCAGUAUCCCAGGCGUAAAGGGACUGGUGGUCCUUGGACACGCUGGCGAGGGCACCUUCUUGACUCAGGAAGAGCAAGUAGACGUCAUCAAGGCCUUCGUCAAGUCCGUAGACAACAAAAUACCCAUCAUCGCUGGUAUCACUACCGAGGGUACUGAAGUGGCUGCGCUCGAAGCCCAACGCGCAAAGGCUGCUGGCGCACAGGCAGGUCUGCUUUACCCCAGCCAUGGUUGGCUACGCUUCGGAUACCAACCGGGAGCUCCACAAGACCGAUACAAGACCGUGUACGAGAAGUCUGGACUUCCCCUCAUCUUGUUCCAAUACCCCGACAACACCAAGGCUACCUACAACUUGGACACAUUACUUGAGAUUGCCGCGCAACCUGGUGUUAUCGCUAUGAAGAACGGUGUCCGCAACAUGCGCCGCUGGGAUGUCGAAAUUCCCAUCAUCAAGAAGCAAAACCCCGAUUUGACAAUCCUCACAUGCCAUGACGAAUACCUGCUGCACACGUGCUUUGAUGUUGACGGCAUGCUUGUCGGAUAUGGCAACAUCGCCCCUGAGCCGCUGCUGGAGAUGAUUGAAGCUGGCAAGGCACGAGACUACCCACGCGCGAGGGCUGUUCAUGACAGACUGCUCCCAGUCACCAGAAACGUUUACCAUCGGGGCUCGCACAUGGAGGGAACCGUUGCACUGAAGCACGGUCUGGUGGCGAGAGGUAUCCUGGAGCACGCAACAGUACGGAGUGGUCUCUUGCCAUUACAGGAUGGCGCAGAGCAGGAGAUUCAUGCUGCGUUCAAGUCAGCCUCUUUGGGCAAGGUAACGGCGCCGAAAUCAGGUUGA